AUGCUUACUGGGCAGAUUUUGCGGCGAAUUGUUCGGACGUCGAGUUUGCGAAGAAACAGUAAUGUUUCCAAGAAGCUGAACAGAUUCUCCGGUGAAGAAAGAUACGAAGCCUCCCCAAAGCGAUACGAUGGAAGGUACAUCAUCGACGAAUCUAAUCGCGGAGCUUGGAAGCUGGAACUCUUGAACGAAUACAAACCAGACGAUGCGAUUGUGCUGUUUUCUGGUAAACGUCGCAACUUCCCUGGCAUCGGCCGUCGAUACCUUUCCUCCCCCGACUUCCAAGACAUCACCAGUAUCCCCAAAGAGCUCUAUCGUUCAGAAAGUGUCUUCUCUCAAACAGAUUUCCGUGCUCAAACUCUUGCAAAUUUGGCACUCAAUCUUUGCGCGUACAGAGAAUUUUACAGUACCGACUCUCGCUUUUCAAAGCUAAAAGUCGCCAUUGGAUUUGGAAUCGGAGAACUAGCCGCUUUGGUCGUUUCGAACUUGAUAACGACAGAAGAUGCUUUUGCCAUCGCGAAUUUUUUAUGCGACGAAGUAGCGGCUUCCGAGAAGGAGAUGGAAACGCAUGCUGCCAUUUGCUCCGUGAAGAACAGGCACAAGAUUAAUUUGGCCUGCCACGAUGCUAGAGAUUACGUUUCAAAGACAAGGGGAUUCACACUUGAAGAUGCGCUGCUCAUUCCAGAGCAUGAGGAGUAUGGGAUCCCAACGACAGUCGAUGUGGCGGCUAGAAUUGACAGAUACAACAUCCUGAUCGCAGGGCACCCAGUUGGCAUUCAGUACAUUGCCAGACAAGCGAAUAAGUAUAACAUUAAGGAUGUUCAAGUCAUUCCGAAUUAUCCAGCGCUAAAUACGAUGCAUUUUCAGCGCAGUGCGGACAAGUUAUCCAAUCUGCUCUCCGAACUUGAAGGUGGAGAGCCAUUUCUUGAUGUCUGGAAUUUCGCAAAUUUGAAUUCCAAGACGAAGCCUUUCAACCUGUAUCAAAGCGUAGACCUUUACUCAGCAAAGAACUUGCAAUACUUGCUUCCCAAGACUCUCUUUUCCCGACAAAUCCUUUGGCAAAACAUGAUCAAUGCCUUGCUCAAUUAUAAGAAUAAAGAGGGAAGGAUGGACUACUCAAAAACACCGACAGUCAUAGAAAUAGGACAGGGAGGGAGCUUUGGGCUAUCAAUAAGAGAUAUUUAUGGCUACGAAAUGGUGAAGCCGGAAAAAUAUAGAUGGAUCGACGUGGGUGAAAGUGAUGCGUACAAAUUCCAACAAAGUCAACUUUUAACAAGAUGGAAUGAGAGAAAAUGGAGAGAAAGCAAUAAUAUCACUGCGUCGCACUAA